GGGUAUAUCGAGACCACCCAAGACACUCUCCUCAUCUUCGAGGCCUGUCGUCGCGGUCUCUUGCCACGUAUCUGUCGGCGACUUCAGGAAAAGGAGCGUCGCAUCGUCCAGUCCGGCACCGUCUUUGUCUUUGACGAGCGCGAGUCCGGUAUCAAGCGUUGGACCGAUGGUCUCGUCUGGUCUCCAUCCCGCAUUCUCGGCAACUUCUUGGUCUACCGCGAGCUCGACAAGCGCAACUCGGGCAAGAAGGACGCCUCGCCCAUCGACCGUGCCUCGCGCUCCAGCUCCUCAAGCGAUGUCGAAUCUGCACUGGAAAAGAACAAGGAGCGUGCCCUCGUCGGCUCGCUCACUAACAGCUACCGUUUUAAGAAGAACGGCCUCGUCAAGAAGACCAUGUCGAUCGUCGUCAAUGGCGUCUCUCAGCAUCUGAUUUCGUAUUAUUCCAAGGACGAUGUCUUGGCAGGCAAACUGCGCACGCCAUCCUCAGUCCCUGAGCUGGCCAGUCUUGAGAUCAGCCCCGAGUUCCUGAUGAAGCAGAACUUUAGGAUCCCACCUACCGUCGAG